CACGGGGGUGGUGCUGAGCUGCCUGGCCGCCGUGACAUGGCUGGUGCUGAAGCUGAGGCAGGGCGUCCUCAUGCUCGCCGUGACUAGCGCGGCCAAGACCACGUCCCUCGUCGCCUUGGAGAGGGUCCCGGCGUCCUGGCGGCCCUACCUGGCCUACCUGCUGGGGCUGCUGGGCAUCCUUCUGGCCGGCUACGCCGACCGGCUCUGGCCCCCGCGGCGGGCCGCCCCGCUGGCCGAGCCUCCCGCCGCCCCCCCGGCCGCGGACGAAGCCCCGGUGCUCAGGCGGCGGCGGCGGUCCAGCUCCAUGAUCUCCCCCGAGAUGUCGGGCGGCGGCGGCAGCGGCAACAAGACCCACCGGAGGACCUCGCUGCCCUGCAUCCCCCGGGAGCAGCUCAUGGGGCAUUCUGAAUGGGAUCACAAACGAGGACCCAGAGGCUCACAGUCUUCUGGCACCAGCAUCACGGUGGACAUCGCUGUCAUGGGAGAGGCCCACGGGCUCAUCACAGAUCUCCUGGCUGAUCCUUCACUGCCCCCCAACGUCUGCACAUCCCUGAGGACAGUGAGCAACCUGCUCAACACACAGCUGACCUUCCAGGCCAUCCACAAGCCCAGGGUGAAUCCCUUGGUGUCCUUCAGUGAGAACUACACCUGCUCCGACUCGGAGGAAUGUCCGGAGAAGGGAGAGAAACUGGCAAUUCCCAAGCGCUUACGGAGGAGUUUGCCUCCAGGACUGCUGAGACGAGUGUCCUCCACCUGGACCACCACCACAUCAGCCACAGGACUGCCCACCCUGGAGCCAGCUCCAGUCAGGAGGGACCGCAGUGCCAGCAUCAAACCUCACGAAUCUUCAUCAUCCAGCUCUGACUCGUGGAACAGCUCCAUUCUGAUGACAAUCACCAAGAGCAGGUCCUUCUCCACCUCCUACGCCGUGUCCUCCACCAACCACCUGAAUGCCAAACGGCAGAGCCGCCAAGGUAUCCCACCAAAUAUUUCACCUCUCACCUCCCCGUGCCAUUCGCCGAUUCAGGGGACGCCUGCCACGAGUCCUACUGGGAAAACAUCCUCUGUGUCAUUUCCAGAGCCCACAGACACUGACACCAAGCAGGGCCUAAAGCCACACAAGGUCUUAACUUCUACUCAGAGUGCACCUACCCUGUCAGACCCUGUUAUCAGCCCCUCCAUCAUCUGCAGCAGCUGUGGCAGACCCUACAAUCAAAUAGAAGCUGGUGAUGGGACACUAAAUAGAAAUGAUGCUACUACACACACCCUGAACAGAACAGAGGAUCCUGCCCAAGCCACCUCUGACUACGAGACCAACAACAGCGACAGCAGUGACAUCGUGCAGAACGACGACGACACGGAUUGCUCCAAGGAGCAGCCACGGAAGGGAUCUGGCUGUAGGUCCUACACACCUGAGACCAUCAUCCUGCAUCCCUUGACACCACCUGAGGACAAGCCUGUACUGGCUCCUGAGCCUCUGGUUAUGGACAACUUGGAUCCCCUGAUGGAGCAGCUAAAUAGUUGGAACUUCCCAAUCUUUGAUUUGGUGGAAAAAAUUGGGAAGAAAUGUGGUCGGAUUCUGAGUCAGGUAUCAUACAGGCUUUUCGAUGACAUGGGGCUGUUUGAAACCUUUAAAAUACCAGUGAGGGAAUUUAUGAACUACUUUCAUGCCUUGGAGUGUGGAUACCGAGAGAUACCUUAUCACAACCGAAUCCAUGCCACGGAUGUGCUGCACGCCGUGUGGUACCUCACAACCCAGCCCAUCCCGGGACUGCCCACUGUCAUCAAUGACCACGGCUCGGCCAGUGAUUCAGAUUCUGACAGUGGGAUCACCCACGGCCACAUGGGAUACGUGUUUUCCAAGACAUACACACCUACAGAUGACAGCUACGGGUGCCUGGCUGGCAACAUCCCUGCCCUGGAGCUGAUGGCUCUGUAUGUGGCCGCAGCCAUGCACGACUAUGAUCACCCAGGAAGGACCAAUGCCUUCCUGGUAGCAACCAGUGCUCCUCAGGCGGUGCUGUACAACGACCGCUCCGUGCUGGAGAACCACCACGCUGCUGCUGCCUGGAACCUCUUCAUGUCCAGGCCAGAGUACAACUUCCUGGUCAACCUGGACCACGUGGAGUUCAAGCAUUUCCGCUUCCUCGUCAUCGAGGCCAUCCUGGCUACUGACCUGAAGAAGCACUUUGAUUUCGUGGCCAAGUUCAACGCCAAGGUGAACGAUGAUGUUGGCAUUGACUGGACCAACGAGAACGACCGCCUGCUGGUGUGCCAGAUGUGCAUCAAGCUGGCUGACAUCAACGGGCCUGCCAAGUGCAAGGACCUGCACCUGCAGUGGACAGAGGGCAUCGUCAAUGAGUUCUAUGAGCAGGGUGAUGAAGAGGCCAGCCUGGGGCUGCCCAUCAGCCCUUUCAUGGACCGCUCUGCUCCCCAGCUGGCACACCUGCAGGAGUCCUUCAUCACCCACAUCGUGGGGCCACUCUGCAACUCCUAUGACUCAGCAGGGCUGAUGCCAGGAAAGUGGAUAGAAGAGAGUGAUGAGUCAGGAGACACUGAUGAGCAGGAGGAGGAGGAAACAGCAGAAAUGGAAACUUGUGAAAACGCCGAAUCCAGAAAGAAGAAGUUCAAGAGGAGGAAAAUCUACUGUCAGAUCACUCAGCACCUGCUUCAGAACCACAAGAUGUGGCAGAAGGUGAUUGAGGAUGAGGAGAGGUUAGCUGGGUCGGAGAAGCAAGGCACGGAGCAAUCCCCACUGCACCAAUCUUCAGAACAAAUCCAGGCCAUCAGGGAGGAGGAGGAGGAGAAAGGCAAGGCCAAGAAGGAUGAAGAGGAGAACACAACUGUAGAACCAAACCAAUGACAAUAUUUACAGCAGUAUUUUACGACAGAUUGACUCGUGCACAGACUCUUUCUCAAGCCAGCACAGCAUUUAGACACAACACUGUAGAAGUAUGGGAUAAUGCGCCUACAGCUGUUUCAUUUGUUUCUCUUUUUUAUGGUGAGGUACAUUGUUUAAACUCCUAUGCUCAAGGAAGCUUUCACACUGCAACACCGGCUUUACAGACUUUCUUUGAAGAGAUUUGGGGGUGGGUGGAAUUAUAUAAAUAUACAUAUAUAUAUAUAGCCAGGGUUAUUGGCUGCACACUUCAGCAAAUUACAUUUAAUGAUAUAUUAUGGUCACUGUGAUAUUUACAGGAGAAAGUUAUCUGAGGAAAUGCUGCUUCUGAAGCACAUUUGCAGUUAACAGUAAGGUACCAGUUAAGUAGCUUUUUUGCUCUUAAUGCUGAGGGAUAAAAGUUCCAAAGCUUCACAUGAAUGCUGAUGUAUCCUGCCAACACAUAUGUGUGAGUGAGGGGGUGUUUGCAAGUGUGAGUGGAUGUGAGGAAAUACAGCAUGCUCUGAGUUCUUACCACACUAGCUGUAGCACAUGUCCCAGCAUACCACAACAAACAGAAGGCCAGAAUUUUAGAGAAUUCGUGCCUGCAAGGGAACAACUUUGAGGAGCUUUGCUUUCCCUCCAGUCCCAGUUUGCACUCCAGCUGCGGGCAGCCUCCGUUCAGCAGCAGCCCAGGCGCUGCUCUGGCCCUACCAGCUGUGCUGGCAUCACCUCCUCAUCCUCCUCCUCCUGGGCACCUCCAGGACUGCUGGCGACAGGGAUGUGCCAGGAGGGCCAUUUGCAGAGGGGCAGUGCCUGGCACAGCAGCCUGUGCCCUGCAGAGGGCUGGCCCUGCCCGUGCUCUGCGGGGUGAACGCACUGCGGGGCCGACCACGCGUUUGGGCACCUGUGCUGUCCUGCCCUCACCCUGCCUCUGGGCAUCCACCACCAAAUGUGGCAUUGAGAACAAAGCCAAGCUGCUGGGGACAAAGGAAGGGGAGCGUGGGGGCCAUGGGAAGAAGGUAAAGGUGCAUGAGGAGCUGCUGGGGCACAGGUGCCAGUCCUGGUGGGCUGGCACUCGGUGUCCCAGGAUCUGCUCCCAUGGGCUUCACAGAACUCGGGUUUUCAGUGCCAGUUUGCUGCUGGCAUUCUGCUUAGGAGCAGC